AUGAAUAAUUUACGCUAUUACCCAUCAAGUCCUCGCUUCAUUCAAAAUUCAGGCGAGCGUUCUCAUUGAAGUAAAUUUACAAUAAAAACUUCUCCAAGAACUCACUUGCAAGCUAAAACCUUAACAUUAAACAAAAGAAUCUAUGAAAUUGAAGAGCGCGUUCAGAGUGUCCCACCAGAUGACCUAAAAGCUCAAAUCAUUCAGCUUUCAAGCAGAAGUCAUAGUGCAAGUAAAAAAACAAACGAAAAGCCAAAACUUCAUACUUCUUUAUAUUUUCCUCCAAUUAAAGCAGCAUUGAAAAAAGACCUAGAAAUCGUCCCAGAAAGCAAUUUAACUAGAAAAAGGAAAAAUAAGUCCAGAAAUUUCUCGCUUGAUUUUUACCUUGGAGAAGAAACUAAAUUUUCAUUAAGUUUGAGAGCAUCUCCUAAGAAUUAUGAUUUUGAAAUGGUUGGAAAACAUAUAAUUCCAGCCAAUGCUGUUAAAUUAAGCAAUUUUAGAGGGCUGGCCAAAGAGUCUCUUGCAAAUCCACCAAAAGCUAAUUAUUUUAAGAAGGGGAGAUUAAGUGUGGUAAACCCUAGUCCUUGGCCAAUAUCAUCAACAGAUAAAUUAAAAACCCCAUUAGACGAAUACUGGAAUCGAAAGAAUUCAGUUUCUCUUUCAAAUAGUAUACCGUGAGCACGGUUAUAGAUCAACCUGAAAACCCCCCCCCCCCCCCUCCCCCACCCCCUGACAGUUUCAGCUUUAUUGAAAUCUACAAAUUAAAUUAGAGUUGUCAAAUCCUUAGUGAAGGAUUUGUCAUUUUGAGUUAACAACGUCGUUCAAAUUGAAACCGUCAGGGGGGGGAGGGAGGGGGAGUUUCAGGUCGAGCCAUACCUGCUCUAAAGGUAUAUGCAAUCUCGAUACAAUGAUAAAAAUUAA